AUGGUCGGCAAAGUCAGCGAGCGCGUCCUGCUCCGUGAAGGAUUGGAACGAACAGACAAUGGCAUGAAGCAGUCGAGCUGGCCAGACGUGGCCCCGAUAAAUCAAAAGAACUACUACACAGAGUAUAUGAAACGCGAUGACCAGAUCCUUGCCUUGAGGAUACAAGGCGAUGCCGCCCGCGAUAGGCUCGUGCAAACCGCCAAAGACCGUGAUCGCGCCCUCGCGCAGAACGGUGACCUCCCACUACCCGCUCAGGACGUUCCACCAGCCGAGGAUGGUGCUCAGCCGCCCCUCGACGCCUCCGACCCCUCCAAAAUAAUAGUGAUACACCCAGGCAGCCAGAACCUGCGCAUCGGGUUUGCCAGCGAUGCACUUCCCAAAACGAUACCGAUGGUGGUUGCAACCAAAUGGCCGCAGACGGAGGACGAAGAGCACGAGGCGCUUCCCAGGAGGCAGUUUGAAGCCACGAGCCCGGACCAAAAGUACGGCGAGGAGUGGGCCAAGAGGUACCAAAGGAUGAGCAACGAUCUCAAGGUCGACAUGCGUGCAAACAAACGCAAGGUGCUCCCAAACAGCAAGGAGCUUGUACAAAAUUUCAACAGGCGCACCAAGGGCGAGACGAUUCCGAAGCAUAACGACCCCAUAGAAGUUGCAUGGACGGAUGUCGGCACACUAGAGGACGAGGCUUCGUUGGCGUCGUGCUUCAUCGGCCAUCAGGCACAGCUGAUUCCCAACGACUCGAAUCCAAAAUUCAAGCUAUGGUGGCCGAUGCAACACGGCUGGUUGAACGAAGACGAGUACACGUCGGCCGAGCGACUGCAUGACGACUUUGAGACCAUCUUGGACAGGGCAUUGCGCCAGGAGCUGGGGCUGACGCGCAACAGCACGUGGCCCAACUAUUCUUGCGUCUUUGUCAUCCCCGACCUCUACGACAAAAAGUACGUCGAGAUGGUGCUCCGUUCGUGCAUGACGUGGUUUGAGUUCAACAAGAUCUGCUUCAUCCAGGAGAGUUUAGCAGGCACAUUCGGCGCUGGCUAUACGCAGGCCUGCGUUGUUGACGUCGGGGCGCAAAAGACGGCCAUCACCUGCGUCGAGGAUGGUCUCUGCAUCGAGGAUUCUCGCAUCAACUUGAAAUUUGGGGGCUACGACGUCACCGAGGCAUUCGUCAAGAUGAUGCUUUAUGACAAUUUGCCAUACGAAGAUAUUAACCUGAGGAGACGGUACGACUUCCUUCUCGCCGAGGAGCUGAAAAUCAAGUACUGUACGCUGUCGCAGGAGAACAUCAAGGUGGUCGAAAACACGUUUCACGUCCGGGCGCCCAAUCAGCCGACACAAAAGUACAGCUUCAAGCUCUACGAUGAGGGUCUGCUGGCGUCCAUGGGACUCUAUGAGCCUGCAAUCUUUGACAACAGCACAAAGCUGCGUGGCCGCAGGAAGCUCAUUGACAGGUCGUACAAUGCCUACGAUGUAGAAUACCCAGAUGACCCCACAUCAGCCGCGCAGUUUGCCGUCCUGGCACACAUCAAGCCCACGAUCGUGCCGGCUGUGAAUGGCGGGUCCCAUGAUCCCAUGGCGACACCCAGCAAGGAGAAGGCACAGCCGUUCAACUACCUCAACAGGAGCGGCGCAGACCUAAACGGUGGCACACCAGCCACCAGCAAGGCGCCGUCGCCCACUCCUGAGGGUGCCAGCACGCCUGUUCCGCCCCUUUUCAUAUUCGGUGGCGGAAAGGACGUGAUCAACGGCGCCAACAGCCCUGCGCCGAGCGGCAGGAACGGUGGCGGCGGCACUCCUGCACCACCGGGGGCGCCCAACGGGACGCUGCCACAGCAACAGCCUCCGCCACCGGGCAUGUUUGUGGACGCCAUCGCGCGGUCUCAGACGGCACUUGCCGCGGAGCGCGACAGCGUGCUCCCGGUGGUGCCGCUCGACAUUGCCAUCAUGAUGUCGAUACAGAACGCGGCCAAGGGCGAGGAGAAGAAGCUGCGGGACCUGCUGGGCUCCAUCAUGGUGAUUGGCGGGGGGUCAAAGAUACCAAACUUUGCGCCGUACCUUGAGGAGAAGCUCAAGGCCAGACGGCCGGACCUGCACGAAAAGAUACUAGUCAGUCGCAGCGCAAGGGACAUGGACGAGCAGGUCGUGGUUUGGAAAGGCGCCAGCGUAUUUGCCAAGCUCCCGACCAACGACUCGUGGAUCACUCCUGCGGAGUUUGAGAGGCUGGAUACAAGAGUCUUGCAUCACAAGGUGCUCUGGGUGUGGUAA